CGGCCGGGCGGGGUCAGCGCGCGGCGGGGGCGAAGCGAGACGGCAGCGGGACGGGAGUGGCCGGGACGAUGCUGGAAGCGGCGGCGGUGGCGGACCCGGAGCUGGAUCCCGAGGAUCUGGUGCAUUUCUCGGUGGGAGACCUGCCCAGCCGCGGGUAUGGAGUGAUGGGCGAGAUCCGGCGGCAGGGAAAGCUCUGCGAUGUGACGCUCAAGGUGGGGGACCACAAGUUCAGCGCUCACCGGAUCGUGCUGGCAGCGUCCAUCCCCUACUUCCACGCCAUGUUCACCAACGACAUGAUGGAGUGCAAGCAGGAUGAGAUUGUCAUGCAGGGCAUGGAUCCCAGUGCUCUGGAGGCUCUGAUCAACUUUGCCUACAACGGUCACCUGGCCAUAGACCAGCAGAAUGUGCAGUCCCUGCUCAUGGGGGCGAGUUUCCUGCAGCUGCAGAACAUCAAGGACGCUUGCUGCACCUUCCUCAGGGAGAGGCUCCAUCCCAAGAACUGCCUGGGUGUCCGGCAGUUUGCCGAGACCAUGAUGUGCACGGUGCUCUACGACGCUGCCAACAGCUUCAUCCACCAGCACUUCGUGGAGGUCUCCAUGUCCGAGGAGUUCCUGGCCCUGCCCUUCGAGGAUGUCCUGGAGCUCGUUUCCAGGGAUGAGCUCAACGUGAAGUCUGAAGAGCAGGUGUUUGAAGCUGCCCUGGCCUGGAUCAGGUUCGAGCGAGAGCAGAGGGAGCCCUUCCUGCCCGAGCUGCUGUCCCGGAUCCGGCUGCCGCUCUGCCGGCCGCAGUUCCUCACCGACCGCGUGCAGCAGGACGACCUGGUCCGCUGCUGCCACAAGUGCAGGGAUCUGGUGGACGAGGCCAAGGAUUACCACCUGAUGCCGGAGCGCCGGCCGCACCUGCCGGCGUUCAAGACGCGGCCGCGGUGCUGCACGUCCAUCGCGGGGCUGAUCUACGCCGUGGGGGGACUCAACUCAGCAGCAAAUUUCUAUGCAGGCGACUCCCUGAACGUGGUGGAGGUGUUUGACCCCAUUGCCAACCGCUGGGAGAAGUGCCAGCCCAUGGGCACGGCGCGCAGCCGCGUCGGCGUGGCCGUGCUCAACGGGCUGCUCUACGCCAUCGGCGGCUACGACGGCCAGCUGAGGCUCAGCACCGUGGAGGUCUACAACCCCGACACCGACUCCUGGUCCAAAGUGGAAAGCAUGAACAGUAAGAGGAGUGCCAUGGGAACAGUGGUGCUGGAUGGACAGAUCUACGUGUGUGGUGGCUACGAUGGAAACUCAUCCCUCAACUCAGUGGAGUCCUACUCUCCAGAAACAAACAAGUGGACAGCAGUGACCCCCAUGAGCUCCAACCGCAGCGCUGCCGGAGUCACCGUGUUCGAGGGCCGGAUCUACGUGUCUGGAGGGCACGACGGACUCCAGAUCUUCAACAGCGUGGAGUACUACAACCCGCACACGUCCAGCUGGCACGCGGUCCCGCCCAUGCUGAACAAGCGGUGCCGGCACGGCGCGGCCGCCCUGGGCAGCCGCAUGUUCGUCUGCGGCGGCUACGACGGCUCCGGCUUCCUGAGCGCCGCCGAGCUCUACAGCUCCGCGGCCGAGCAGUGGUACCUGAUCGUGCCCAUGAACACCCGGCGCAGCCGCGUCUCCCUGGUGGCCAACUGCGGCCGGCUCUACGCCGUGGGCGGCUACGACGGACAGUCCAACCUCAGCUCGGUGGAGAUGUACGACCCCGAGAGCAACCGCUGGACGUUCAUGGCGCCCAUGGUGUGCCACGAGGGCGGCGUGGGCGUGGGCUGCGUGCCGCUCCUCACCAUCUGACACGGGGGGUUGGGGUUGGGUUUGGGGGGCGUCUCGUCUGCAGCGAGCGUGCCAGGAAUUCCAGGUGCUCGAUCCGAACACAAACUUGACUUGAGAGUAAUCCCCACCUGAAAGUUUUUGGGCUGAAGGUCCUGAAGGGUGAAAUGUGGUGAGUUUAUGUGCGAGCAGAGACCCCCUCGGCCUUCUCCGGAGCCGAGGCCGAGCGGAUCCAUCCACCCAUCGUCGGUUUUCCUGCGGUUGCAUCUUUGGGAAGUGCCCUUGUGGGCUGGGGGAGGGGGCCAGGCUUCAUUGUGACAUAAAAACGGCAACUUCAAGGACUUGGAAAAUCCAUCUGCACUUUCUGGGAGCAGCAAAACCCCCUGAGCCCUCCCAGGGGCACCAGCAGCGAUUUGGGGGGGUCCUGGUUGCACAGGGGGUCUCCAAAGAGGACAAACACGGCACUGUCACUUCCAGGAGCUUCUUACACAAGACACCCCCAGUUUCUCGUGCUUUCCUCAGCUUGAUGUGGAAAACUUCUCCACAAGAGCCACAGGAUGGAGAAACCAGGAAGAGGAAAAGUUCAGUUAAACCAGGAUCGUUGUUUGGGCAAGCUCUGGAGAAGGAUGGAUGGAAACGACUCCAAGGCAACAGCCUGAGGGUUUCAAAAUGGAAAAGAGAUUAUCAGGAUGUCCUUUAAAUUAAUUAUUGAGGUAUUUUCCAAGCCUAAGAGGCAGCUGGAACAGAAAGGCUGGGAUAUUUUAGGAGAGGCAAGGAAAAUACGUGGUGAGUGUGUCGUGCUCUGCUGGGAAAGGUCUUUGCCAUGGGUUUUGUGCCAGGAAACUUUGGAAUGCUGGCAGAGCCAAAGAGCUGCCUGGCAGCAUCUUCCCUGCAUCAGCCCUUCAGCCCCUGUCCUGCAUGAUCCGUGAUCCGCCGUCCCUCCGGAGCUCUCCGUGCCCGGCUCUUCCCGUGCCACCCUGGGCACAGCCAUACCUCCUCCGGGCAGGCAGGGCCAGGCAGCAGGAAUGUGACCCCAUCCCAGCUGCCAGACAUUUGGGAUCUCCCCCCGUGCCUGUCCCCAUCCCCGUGUUCAGGGGCUCGGAGGAGCGGGAUGUGCCCCCCAGCCCCACUCCUGGUGUCUGCUCCUGCUGCCAGCAUCCCUGGGACUGACUCUGGCUGUACAUGUGGAUGUCUAUAUUGGGGUACUGUGUAUAUUUUAGGGUCUGUAAUGAGCAUAUCUGGUUAUCAAUGUGAUCUAUCAGGACAUAUCCAUUUCUCCCACAUCUAUCCACUGCUGGCUUCCCAGGAAUGGGAAUCCUUUGGACUUUUCUGUGCUGCUCAGACUUUAAAAAGGAAAAAUCAGAAAAAACACGAUCAGAAUGAA